CGAGAAGAAUGUGGGCGACGCUCGAGCAAGGCUACACUGCACUGACGUCAACCGAGUCGGCGACUGCCAAGACGCUGCGCUACGCGUGCGAAGCGGGCGACGCCGAAGCGGUGCGCCGCCUUCUCGUGCAGGCGAGCCCUUCGGAUAUCACGGCGGCGGACCCGAGCACGGGCCGCAUGGGCCUGCACCUCGCCAGCAUGAACGGAUACGAGCGUGUACUCUCGGCGCUGCUGCCGUUUCUCGACGACAUUAACCAGCGCGACGAUAAAGGGUGCACGGGCCUCCAUCUCGCCCUCCAGCACGGUAGAGAUGACGUGGCGAAGAUGCUUCUGCGCCAUGUUGCGGCCGAUGUCAACGCCGCCGACAACUUGGGCGAGACACCACUCAUGCUCGCGUGCGCCACAGGCAAAGCGGACUUCGUGAGCGCUCUUUUAGCGUGUCCGUACGUGGAAAUUCUCCGCCAAAACAAGGCGGGCGAUACGGCGUUGCACGCGGCCGCCCGCGCCGGUCGUGCCAACUGCCUUCGACUGCUCGUGCGCGCAUCGGGUCUCACGGACGUCAACUGCCCGAAUCCGGUGAAUGGCGAGACGGCGCUCAUGGCUGCGCACGCUUCGCACUACGCGACACGAGCGCUCCUGAGCCACCCAUCGAUCGACAUCAACCGCACUGACAAUAAUGGCAACACGGCAUAUAUGGUUGCUUGCUCCCACGACAACAUGGAGACGCUCCAAGAACUCGUCCGCGCGCCCGGCCUCGACAUGAACCGCACCAACCACAAUGGCCUUACGGCGUAUGCGCUGGCCUGCCAAGCAGAGAACCCGAUGCUGGCGGCUUACCUCUUGCAGUUGCCGGGCAUCGACGAGCGCCACGUCCCGACGGCCGGCGGACACAUUGCGCUGGCGGUGGCGAGUGCGUUGCACCGUGUCGAGUCGGUCCGAGCGCUGCUGGCGUCGCCCGCGAUCAACCCCAACUACUGCGAUGCAAGUGGCAUGACUGUCUUGCUCCAGCUGUGUUUGAACUCGGGCAGUGAAGAGAUUGCCAGUCUCCUUCUCGCAAUCCCAACCAUCGAUACCAAUGUUCGGGACAAGCAUGGCAACUCGUGCUUGACGCUGGCGGCACAGCAAGGCCACGCGGGUCUCGUCUCACUGCUGCUCGGCCACGGGGCGUUUGACGUCAAUCAUACCAACAAGGACGGUCUCUCGGCGCUCAUGAUUGCGUGCGUUUCCAAAGACGCCGCGAUCGCGUCGCUCUUGCUGCAAAUGCCAGCGAUUGACCUCGCUCUGCGCGAGAAGCGCACUCAGCGCACGGCUCUCAUGCUGGCCAGCGUCCACAACGCCGGCGCCAUCACAGCCUUGCUGCUUGCGCACCCGCGCCUUUUGGACCGGAAUGCAGCCGACAUUACCCAGUCGACCGCGCUCGUUUUGGCCGCGCAGCACAACGCACGCGACGUGGUCAAGGCGUUUGCAUCGGCCAGCACCGCCGUCGAUUUUGCUGCUGUCAAUUCUGCUGGCGACUCGGCAUUUCGCGUUGCCGUGGUUCACGGCUACAUCGAUGUGGCGCGCGACCUUUUGCCGUUUAUUGACGUCAACGCCCCGCACCCGACGACGGGGCAGACAGCGCUUAUGCUCGCGUGCGCGCAGCCGUUCCCGCGCACGAUCAAGCUGCUCGUAGCGACGCCCGGCAUUGCCAUCAAUGCGCUCGACCAGGCGGGAGAGUCGGCGCUGCUUGUGGCCUGUCGCUGGAACAACGUACCCGCUUUGCAGCUCCUCUGCGCACUGCCGUCGUUGGACCUCUUUGUGUGCAGCAAGACAAAGGCGCAUGCGUUGGAGAUUGCGGCGGCACAGGACGAUCCGCAAGUGGCCGCGACGCUCUUCCAUUGCCUCUUUACGAUGCACAUGCAUCUUGCUCUUCCGCGCGAGCUCGCCGAGAUGAUGGCGACCUUUUAUGGUCCCCGAUGCUAGUGAAAGCUAUCACCAAGAUUUCAACCGGUUGGGAUAUUUGAAACGUCCAGCGCCGAUUUCGUUGCCGUCGCGACCGCUAAUCGCUCGGCUUCAUAAUGGCUUUGUUCACUGUAGAAGAGACUCGAGAUGCGAGUAGGCUGAGUGGUUCAGACUGUAGGAAGCGUAGUUUGCGCGGAUAUUGGGCCCUAUAUGCUACACCGUCGUCAACAGCCGUGCAUCUUUGUGAAAUACGAUGGAUCUCGACCAACUGAGCCACACAUUGUGC